UACUUUUCGGCUGUGGGCCGUCAAGCACGUGAAAAAAUAGAAAUUUUGCCGGUAUUUCUAUAUUCCAUUAAUUUCCCCAUAAAAUUAACUGUGCCAAAUCCUAAAAUGUCGUACUGUAGAGAAGAAGGAAAAGACAAAAUUAUCUUUUUGACGCCAGAAGACUUGAAACAACCAAGCACCAUCACAUUUCCUGAUGAAGAGGAACCACCUGGUCUCAUCCUGCCAAAUGGUGACAUAAAUUGGAACUGCCCUUGUUUAGGAGGAAUGGCUACUGGUCCAUGUGGAGUUGAAUUCAGAGAAGCAUUUACUUGCUUCCAUUACAGCCCUACUGAACCGAAAGGCAGCGAUUGCUUUGAUUCAUUUAAAGCCAUGCAAGACUGUAUGUCAAAAUAUCCAACGUUAUAUGGAAAUGACGAAAAACCGGAAGAAGAAGACGAGGAAGAAGCAACGAAAAAUGAUAGUGAGGAGUCAGCAGCUAAAGAUUCAAAUUCCGAAGUCAAAUCGAAAACAUGAUGCUAAUACGUACCUAGUACCACAAAUUGUAUCUUAAUUUGCUGCGUCACAUUUAAUAGCAUUGCAUAAAUAGUAAUUUCUUA